CCCAUAUCCAGGCGACGAUGAGGACGGAACCCUCACGACCCGGGAUCUUCGCCGCCUUGUGGGAGAACCGGGGCCGCACAAAAGCCGCCGGGUGCGGACGGAAGAAGGCGAAAGCGAAGAAGCCACGAGCGGAGAUGCCAGUCUAGACUCCAAUGCUUGUCUUGCCCACCACCGACGAUAGUGUCGGCCGAGGCAACCGCGGACAUCCCUGACCCCUCUGAUCGAUAUCGUUCCCGUUUUUUCUUUCUCUCUCUUUCUAUCUCUCUGUGCGUGACUCUCUCUCUCUCUCUCUCUCUCUCUCUCUCUCUCUCUCUCUCCACACACAGGAACAUUGGAUGCUUAACCCGCCAGAGACGUGUAUGGCAGGGGACGACGCUCUUAGCGAACCACUGAACCGGGCAUUGCAUGGAGAAAAGAGAACCGAACCUUAUGGGGGGGGAUUCUCUUUCGAUAUUGAGGAUAUGGAUUCAUCAGCAACUGGUAAGACGCCGACAAACUUCCACUAGUUCGAGGGUCGAAGGGGAAGGGAGAGGGGGGCGAAGCCGUCUUCUAUAGAAACCAUUGACCAAAUCUCGGCGCCAAACCCAAGUCGGGAAACCUGGUCUGGUCUCUUCGCCCCCCCUCCCUCCCUCCACCCUCCCACGAGAUGUGGACGCGCAUGCCGUGAUCCCGGACUCUUAGUGUAGUCUCUGGAUAUAUCCAGUCCUGCAAGAUACUAUAACUGCCGCACUUGGCCGUCAGUCAGCGAACUCUCUUUUGAUGAACUGGUCCAGCGGUGUUUCCUCCUCUACCUCUCUCCCUACCAUCCCGUCCCCUCCCUCUUCUCUCAUCCUCCUCCUUCUCCGCCUUGAGCCGUCUGUCCAGCGAGCCCGCUGAUCUUUGUCACGCUCACCUCCCCCCGCCCUCCCCCUCUCAUUCAUCUUGCCAGCCCAGGGCCAAGUCCCAAGAUGAAGAGCUUUGUUCUCCAGGCGGUCCUCGCCGGUGUGGCGCUCGCUGCUCCGAACCGAGGCCCCUUCGCCGGUGCCGCCGUCCUCGAGCGCGCCGCUGGCGACUGUAAGUGCUUCCCCGGCGACGCCUGCUGGCCCGCCACCGCGCAGUGGAAUGCCCUCAACACCACCGUCGGCGGCAACCUGAUCGCAACCGUGCCCUUGGGCUCGCCUUGCCACGACCCGACCUACGAUGCGGCCGUCUGUGCCUCGCUGCAGAGCCAGUGGCAGGACUCCGAGAUCCACAUGGAGUCCUCCUCCUCCAUCAUGGCCCCCUUCUUCGCCAACCAGAGCUGCGACCCCUUCCAGCCGCAGUCCCGUGCCUGUCUGCUGGGCAACUACGUCGUCUACGCCGUCGACGCCAGGACCCCGGAGCACAUCCAGGCCACCAUCGCCUUCGCGCGCGAGCACAACAUCCGCUUCGUCGUCCGCAACACCGGCCACGACUACCUCGGCCGCUCCACCGGCGCCGGCGCCCUCUCCGUCUGGACGCACCACAUGAACAGCGCCGAGGUCGUCGACUGGGACUCCGCCGCGUACCAGGGCAAGGCCAUGAAGGUCGGCGCCGGCGCUCAGGGCUUCCACGUCAUGGAGGCCGCCCACGCCGCCGGCCUCGCCGUCGUCGGCGGCGAGUGCCCGACCGUCGGCAUCGCCGGAGGCUACACCCAGGGCGGCGGCCACAGCGCCCUCUCGACCAGCUUCGGUCUCAGCGCCGACAACGUCCUCGAGUGGGAGGUCGUCACGGCCAACGGCACGUUCCUGACCGCCUCCAAGACGGAGAACGCCGACCUGUUCUGGGCCCUGUCCGGCGGCGGCCCCGGCAACUGGGGCGUCGUCACUUCCCUGACCGUCAAGGCCCACGCCGAUGCCAAGGUCGGCGGCGCCACCCUCGUCAUCAUGGCCGCCGACAACGACAACGCGACCUUCUUCGAGGCCAUCGACGCCUUCCACGAAGAGCUCGCCGCCAUGGUCGACGGGGGCUCCAUGGUCGUCUACUACUUCGCCGCCGCCUUCUUCCAGAUCGCGCCCCUCAACGCCUUCAACAAGACGGCCGACGAGGUCCGCACCCUGCUCGCCCCCUUCGUCGCCCGCCUCGACGGCCUCGGCAUCAAGUACACCGUCGCCUACUCCGAGUUCGACAGCUACUACGGCCACUACGACCAGUACUUCGGCCCCCUGCCCAUCGGCAACAUCCAGGUCGGCAUCGCCCAGUACGGCGGCCGCCUCAUCCCGCGCGCCGACAUCACCAGCAUCGGUUCCUUCUCGCGCAGCCUCGCCGCCAAGGGCGCCACCUUCAUCGGCGUCGGCACCGACGUCGGCCGCUUCGGCAACAAGGACUCCAACUCGGUCACGCCCGCCUGGCGCAGCGCCCUCGUCCACGCGACGCUGACCACCGUCUGGGACUUCAAAGCCCCCUGGGAGGACAUGCUCGCCAACCAGGACCUCAUGACCAACGUCCUCAUGAAGGAGAUCGAGGCCCUGACGCCCACGGGCGGCGCCUACAUGAACGAGGCCGACUUCCAGCAGCCCAACUUCCAGAAAGAGUUCUUCGGGAGCAACUACAACGCCCUGCUGUGCCUCAAGCAGAAGUGGGACCCCGAGGGCUUCUUCUACGUCCGCAACGCCGUCGGCAGCGAGUCGUGGGGCGUCGCCAACGACGGGAGGAUGUGCCGUGUUUAGAGCCAGGAAACAAGAUACCUAAUGAAUAAUAAAGAGACAAUAUCAGUU